GGUACCAGGCGACCUGCCGCACACGGAGGACGGUGCGGGUCCGGACGGGGUACCGAGCGACCUGCCGCACGCGGAGGACGGUGCGGGUCCGGACAGGGUACCGGGCGACCUGCCGCGCACGGAGGACGGUGCGGGUCCGGACGGGGUACCGAGCGACCUGCCGCACGCCGAGGACGGUGUGGGUCCGGACAGGGUACCGGGCGACCUGCCGCACACGGAGGACGGUGCGGGUCCGGACAGGGUACCGGGCGACCUGCCGCACACGGGGGACGGUGCGGGUCCGGACAGCGUGCCGGGCGACCUGCCGCACACGGAGGACGGUGCGGGUCCGGACAGUCUGCUGCGUCAGGAGCCAGAGCGCCGCGUCGCCUCGCUGGAGCGCAUCAGAACACUGCCCUACCUGCAGUACGUCGACUUCGACGCGGUUUACAGCAAGCAGAUACCGGUGCCCUUUAUACCGCCGAGAAACUCGCUGAACUGCGAUCCGACCUACGAGCUGGAGGAGAUGAUCAUCGAGUCCAGACCGCUGCACAAGAAGAAGAAGCGCCUCCUGAAGCAGCGGUCCGUGCGGGAGGGCCUGGGUCAGCAGGCGGAACAGACGGAGGACCCGCUUCAGCAGCGGCUGCAGACGGUGGCCGGUGACUUCUUCGUCUACGACCGCGAGAAGGAGCUGGCGCAGCGGCAGCGCGACCGACUGGAGGAGGCCUGGGAGCGCGAGCUGGCCGAGAGCAUGCAGCAGUCGUCGCCCAUCUCGCAGGUGGACAGCGCGGUCAUCGAGCGAAUCCGCGCCGACCUGCUGAGCGAAGGGCGUCGUCUGACCGAGGCCGAGCGCGCCGCCGGCAGCAGGACCGUGCAGGCGUUGCAGGACAUGCAACUGGGACGGCCGGCGGCCGCCGAGGCGACGGCGUCCGCCAGCAGUCACAUCAGCACGCCCGCGCGCCGCCGCACCCGCCUCCAGCACCAGAUGACCGUCACCUAGACGGGUCA